AUGGAGGGAUCGGCGACGGAGGGAAAUCACGGAGGCGAUCCCCGCGCCGAGCAUGCCGCAACCAAGGAGUCCGAGGCGGCGGCAACGCAACACCAUCUGACGCUGCUCCAGCCGACCGUGGUCGAAGUUUCUGCAGCCGUGCUGGAUAAGGACAAGGUGGGGGAGCACGAGUCGGUGGGGCUGGUCGGUGGCUCUCCACCUUCUGGUGGACGGGGGAGGCGUAGGCAGAGGAAGAGCGAUGGGGAGGACGAUUAUGACACCGCCGUGCCCAGGGACCUCAUUACGCGGGCAAAGAGGCGGCAGACGACAGGUAGUGCUGACGACGCCGGAGGCGCGGCAGUUGGGACACCGCGAGGCGCCAAGGAAGCUAGUGGCAAGGCGGGCGGUCAAGCAUUGCGCCAGAAGGGCCGACCCGCAGCAAGAAAAGCAUCCGGCGGAAGGAGAGGCAAGAAAGCAGCGACGGGAACAAAGCCGAAACGGGGCGAUGAAGACCCCGGUGAUGCGGAGGAGGAGGAGGAUGAGGAGGAGGAUGCGGAGGGAGAGGAGGAUGAAGAGGAAGCGGAGGAGGAUGACGCGGAUGUUGGGGAGGAUGAAAAAGAUGAGAAUGAUGGCGAGGAGGACGAAGAGGAGGAGGAGGAGGAGGAGGAGGAGGAGGAGGAGGAGGAGGAGGAGGAGGAGGAGGAUGAGGAGGAGGAGGAGGAGGAGGAGGAGGAGGAGGAGGAGGAGGAGGAGGAGGAGGAGGAGGAGGAGGAGGAGGCAGAGGAGGAGGAGGAGGAGGAGGAGGAGGAGGAGGAGGAGGAGGAGGAGGAGGAGGAGGAGGCAGAGGAGGAGGAGGAGGAGGAGGAGGAGGAGGAGGAGGAGGAGGAGGAGGAGGAGGAGGAGGAGGAGGAGGAGGAGGAGGAGGAGCAGGGUGACGACGAGGAGGAGGAUGUGGAGGAGGAGGAGGAGGAUGAGGCAGCGGAGGAGGAGGAGGAGGAGGAGGAGGAGGAGGAGGAGGAGGAGGAGGAGGAGGAGGAGGAGGAGGAUGUGGCGCCAGUGAAGGGACGGGGCGGGCCGUGA